UAAUAAAUACGGUGCAGUGAAUGACUCACGACCAAUAACCAAUGAAGUGCAUGUAUGUUGUGACUCAUGAUAAUGCUGAAUAGCGGUGUUUGCUCCCGUCAACUGCAGGAAAACCGAUUAAAGUCAUUCCCUGAUCUGGAUGCCCUGGAGGCUAAAACUGCCCAGUCGUGUCUCAGGUUACACGGCUGACCCAGACUUGUGAGAGUGCACCACGUAGCAGCGGCGUGUUCCCAUGUCCCAUGCCCAGGAUGCACCUGACUGGGCAGCUGAAUUGGAUCAUGCAUGCAUACAGCGGUACGCCAUUCAAUUAAAAUUAGCUCACUGGUUGCGUAAUAUCUGUUGACCAAAGUCUUGGGACAACACCGACAAUCCCCUGUAAACCCAAAUCAAAGCCCACACGGCAAACAUAACAGCAGCACACGGCAGCCAAGACUUGUAACUUGCAGUUGAGCAAGUUACAAGUCUGCACCGCGCUGUUGUGGCACAUUUGUGGCGAAACCAUCCCCGUAGCUGACGACCUUGGCUUUCGUGCAGUGCUGCUGCGUGCUUGAAAUUUCAACAGACGAGAUGAGGACCAGAACUUGCUCACGCUCAAGGACGCUCAGCAUUUCGUCUGAGUCAUCCUACAUUGAUGUACCGUCUCAAGUUGGGCACAGGAUCCGUAACGAUUCCAUCCAGAGCCGUUGCUCUAUCCCUGACCUCGCUAUUCUCCAUGCAGGCGAGAUCCUUCAGCUUCCGGCUGUAGAUUCGGUUGACUCUGACCAGCCCCCAAGACGGCCGCUGUGGCAGCUGGUACUACUCAACAUGGUGGUCCUGGGGAUCGAGUUUUGCUAUGCCGUUGAGACAGCACUUGUCACCCCGCUCUUGCUUCAGAUGGGCCUGCCCCAGUCUCUGUACAGUCUGACCUGGAUUGUCAGCCCCACCCUGGGGUUUUUCCUCAACCCAGUGGUGGGGUCGCUCAGUGACCGCUGUUCUUGUGCCUGGGGGAGGCGCCGGCCGUUCAUUCUCAUCCUCUGUAUUGGUAUGGCCGUGGGAUUCACCGUGUUUCUGAAUGGUGAAGAUAUUGGGCUACUUACCGGGGAUACUACAACCAACCAUGCUAUCGGAUUGAUUUUGACUGUCACUGGUGUUGUCAUUCUUGAUUUCUGCGCCGAUUCCUGUGACAGCCCAUCAAAGGCAUACAUCAUAGAUGUCUGCAAUCUCCAAGAUGUAGACAGGGGGUUGAACAUCAGAGCUGUCCUGGGGGGUCUCGGUUCUGGUAUUGGCUACAUUUUCAACAGCAUUGAUUGGGAAUCCAACGCACUAGGGCAGAUCCUUGGAAAUCAAUCUCGAGUCGUCUUUGUCUUCACAUUUGUCAUCUGCACCGUGUGCUUCACACUGACGCUCUUCAGUGUGAGGGAGAAACCACUGGUUCCCCGUGAGGUCAGUAGCACAUCCAAGCUGUCGCAGUCCGGGAGCAGCUACCAGGGAUUAGAAAGUGGGGUACCAAAGCCAAGCCCCCGGAAGGAGCUGAGCUACGACUCACUGAUUCAAACAGACAACUCAAAUCCAGCCAUAAUGAGCCCCUUGCCAGAUGGUGUGCUGGUGUCUAAGGAUGCAGUGAGCUGCUCUGGAUCUAGCAGCCUUACAUCCAGCAAUCCCUCGCAGUCCUCCUCCAGCACUCAAACCCAGGUCCUGGGGAACAAGGAUGAGCAACCCAAGGAGGAGAAAGUCUCCGUGGCGAAGCUCUUGGUCUCCGUGGUGAAGAUGCCCCGGGAGCUGAGAUGGCUCUGUCUGAAUCACUUCCUUGGCUGGUCAGGUUUGCUGGCCAUCUUCCUCUUCUACACAGACUACAUUGGAGAAGUAGUUUAUAAAGGUGACCCCACUGCUCCCGUGGGAUCAGAGAGUCGCAACCUGUUUGAAGCUGGCAUCAAGAUGGGGUCUUGGGGAAUGGUAAUCUUUGCAGCAUCCGUCAUCGUCUCUGCAGUUAUCCUUGACAAGCUGUCUGCCCACAUCUCAACUCGUACUGCCUAUGUCUGGGGCCAGACAGCAUUUGGAGUGGGUACCGGCUGCAUGGCUAUCUCCAGCGACAGCAUCUACGUGACCCUUGCCCUCAACGCAACCUCAGGGAUUAUGUUUGCCACCGUUACGACACUGCCGUUCGGUAUCGUGGCCGACUACCAUGCGAACUACCAGACCAUGCGGGACAGCCAGCGAUCCCAGCGCGGUCUGGGCACCGACGUAGCCUGUCUCAGCAGUGUCAACUUCCUGGCUCAGAUUGUCGUGUCGGCCAUCCUGGGAUUCAUCAUCUCGGCCGUGGGCUCUAAGCUGGCAAUUGUUGCCUUUGCCAGCAGUCUUGCCUUCCUCGCAGCACUAAACUCAGCCAUAUUCGUCGUGUAUGACUUGAAGAAACGGGAACAAGGCUCAACCAAUGAACACCAACCAUUGAUAACCUAAACCAGCAUAAAGCAUUUGCAAUUGCCUGAACUACUAAUAACAGUCAUUAACGAAAGUUUAAGACCACCUGGAAUUUUGUUGCCAUUUCUGUUUUGGGGCUUGCAGUACAUGGUCUCACUAAAAUGUGGCAGUCGAGAAUUCAGUGUUGGUUAGCUAAAGGCCAUUUCCCAAUCAGCUGGCUGCGGCUUAGAGUAAUACAGAUGUCUAUGGGGCGUGGCUGCAGCCACUAGGCAGUGGCUUCCAUAGGUGCAUCCAUCCAUUAUUUCUAGCCACAGCCACAACUUUUGGAUACCGCCAUGAGUCAAUCACAAAUCAUCCAGUCUCAAAUCACAAGCUAUUAUGCCAUUGCUUAUCCAGUUUAGGGGAACCAGAUUUGUGAUCGACUUGAUAACUCUCAGUUUAUGGUAAAUGGGUUAGAGUAAAAGGCACAUUUUUCAAGAUCUGAAAUUCUGCAUGUUAUUUUACUGAAUUUGCUGCUGCAAGACAGAGUGGAUUUGGUGAUGGACAAACAAACCAUGAGGAGUUAGAAAAUAAAUCAUUUAAAACUGUGUGCGGCAAAAUGACUCUACUUAUCAAAAUCAAAUCCACACCGAUUUAAGUAUUUAAUUUCAACAGCACAAUUAAGUAAAUGGCAGGUUUAAAACAAUGUCCCUUCCACUCUGCAGGUGUACACUUUCAGUCUCACCGUCGGUAACAACUUCGUAUUCAGAUUAAAUGUAAAGAUCAUGGAAAA